AUGAAUAAAUCAUCAUCACAAGAAGUUGAAAAAAAUGAUAAUGGAGUAGAUAUAUCUUCCGCUAAGGAUGAUAGCACUUUUACUAGUGGUGAUGAUGAUGCUGAUAUCGCAUUAAAGUUUUUGAACCAUAAAGAUGCAAAGGACUACGUCUUGGAAGAGGAUGAAAAAUUGAAUACAGUUGAGAAUAAUUUUUAUGGUUCAUCGACAUUGCCCCCCAAAUUGCUUAGAAAAAUUGAUGCUUGUGUUCUAACAUUCUUGUGCUUCACCUAUCUGUUGAUGUUCUUGGAUAAGGCAUUAUUAAACUAUGCAGCAUCGAUGGGCAUUAAAAAACAUUUAAAAGGUAAUGAAUUUUCCAAUCUGGGUACGAUAUUUUCCGCAGCUUACAUCUUUAUGGAGCCCAUUGUCACCUUUUUAAUUCAAAAAUAUCCAUUAUCCAAAGUUAUGGGAAUUUUCAUUACAUGCUGGGGGAUUGCACUUGCAUGCCAUUCUGCCUGUAAAUCAUAUACAUCUCUAAUGAUCGUUCGUACUCUAUUGGGUAUGUUUGAAUCUUCAAGUGUAGUGGGUUGUAUUGCAAUCAGUGGUAUGUACUAUACCAAAUCUGAACAAUGUGCUAGAAUCGGCUUUUGGGCAACACAAGCGGGAACAGGUUAUAUCGUUGGUGGUCUCAUAUCAUUUGGAUUCUUACAUUAUAACGGUAAAGAUUUCACCUCAUGGCAGAUCAUGUUUUUGGUUGUCGGGCUAUUUACAGUGCUCUUUGGACUGGUAACUUUGGUAGUUCUACCUGAUAAUGUGACCAACGCCUGGUUCCUCUCAGAGGAGGAGAAAAUCCUUGUAGUUAAGCACAUUAGAGAUAAUCAAACAGGAUUGGAGAAUAAAAAAUUCAAGUGGAGUCACAUUAAGGAAUUAUUUUUACACGAUAAAUUGACUUGGCCCAUGUUAGCUAUUACUGCGUGUUCACAAAUGUCAACAGGUGCUAUUGGAACUUUCUCUGUGACAAUCACUCAAACAUUCGGAUUUGAUAAAUAUGCUACCGCACUAUUACAACUGCCCAUUGGUGCCAUUACAGCUAUAAUUAUCAUAAUUACUACUCAGAUGAUGUCCAGAUGGGGUCAAAUUACGCUGGUUACCACUUCCAUGUACAUUCCCACUAUCAUUGGUUGCAUAGUAAUGAUAUCACUCCCAUUAUCCCAUAAGAUCGGUAAUCUUUUCUCCCUAUACCUGCUCUAUAGUGGAUCUUGUGUUAUUACCAACAUCUACCUUUGGAAUUCUUUGAAUACUUCCGGUUAUUGUAAAAGAAUAUUUCGUAAUGCCGCUACAAUGAUUGUCUAUAGUUUGGCAUGCAUCUUGGCGCCUCAAACUUUCAGACAGGCUUAUUACCCCAGAUAUAUCCCUGCUAAGAUAACGCUACUAGUGACUCAGUGCAUUUGUGUACCUUUACAAUUGUACGUCGGUUAUGUGUGUCUAACAGAAAACAAAAAGAGAGAUAAAGAGCAGGAAGGUAAAAGCGUGGAUAAAUAUGACUUCCGCGAUUUGACUGACAUUCAAAAUAGAAAUUUUAGAUACAUCUAUUGA